AUGACAUCAAUACCAGAGUAUGAUUAUGAAACGAUAUACGGUUUUGCGAAACAAUUUAAAAACCUUGAAGCAGUUUUGAUGUAUGUAAGUCUUCAUCCAGAAUCGUUAACCCUUAUUUGUAAUCAUAACUGGAGUAUUUUACAUCAAGUAGUUUUUUCUGGUAUGGUAAAGGAAUUAAAUCAACUAUUAGCAUUACAAAAAAAAAAUGGAUAUUUUCGUUUAUUAUCGCCAGCAAAGGAUGAGACUACUGUACUGGAUAUCGUAGAAAAGACAAAAGAUCAGCACCCUCCUCAUCAUCUUGCUUGCGUAGGAAAAUUAGAGGUUUUCAAAUCUUUUGCAGGAAUCCCAGAUUGUGAAUUUGAUUUGAAUUUGAAGGCCGAUAAUAAAACAAUCAAUCAGAUUGCUCGUGAAUAUAGUCAGAAUGGAUUUGCUGAAUAUAUUGAAGAGCUCAAUCCAAUAUUACGAAAAAAUCAAGAGUAUGUCGAAUCAGACAAACCGUCGGAGAAUAUCCAACACUAUUCACAUUUGAUUCAACAAAAAACGUUUUUAUCUGACGAUGAUGAUAAGGAUGAGAAUUGUAAAAAUACUAUAAUUUCAAGAGCAAAUAUGGAUGCGAAGUUUUUUAAAAGCAAACCAUUUAUGGCAACAAAUCUCGAUGAUAUUUUACAAUGUAUUAUUUGUCCAAUAAGUAAAGAAAUUUUCGAAGAUCCAGGUGAGUGA